AUGAGUUCACACCGGGGUGAUCAGCGCCACGACAGCUGUGCCUCUGUGCCUCUGCGCCUCGGCGCCUCGGCGCCUCGGCGCCUCGGCGUCAGCCGCCGUAGCGGCCGUAGCCGGCCGCAGAAUUCCAGCUGCAGCUGCAGCUGGCUGCGAGGCGUAAGGUGUGCUGCGAGAUAUGACGAUGAGGAAGAGAGGAUAGGAUGCAGCAGCGAAUUGGGAAUCAGCACCGGCUGCUGUCGCAACAACAGCAGUAGUCGCAGCGAUUGGCAGUGCUAUUUUUCACCAAGGCUCAUUUCUCGCCGAGUGGCGUAA